AUGAAUAAUUAAUUUGGAUUAAAUUAAGAUUAUAUAGAAGACAUAGAAUUAGAAUUAGAACUUUUUAAAAAAACAAUAGAUUUGAAUUAUAAUAAGAUUUCUUACAAAUUUGGAACAACUAAUAGACUAUCUCCUAAAAAAUUAGAAAUUUAUAACUAAUAUCAUCUAUAUAACAAAUUAUAUAAAAAUGAAAAAUAAAGAAAAAGUAUUUAAUAAAAAGCUUAGACUAUAUGUCCAUUGACAGCUAGAAAUUUUAUGGAUAAUAACGGAAAAUUUAUAAAUUUUUCAAAAAAUAAAGUGUAUGAUAAAAUUAAAGGAAAACAUUACAUUAUGUAAUUGGGUAGAAUUCCAGGUUCAAGUAGAUCAAAAAGUUCAACAUAUAAGAGUUAAAGUUGUUAAUAUACAUAAUAAUCAUUUUAUCAAGGGAUUCGGAUGUAAAAUAUGAAAAUUUCAACUUCUCCUAUGUCAGAAAAUAAAACUUGUGAAUAAAUUUAAAAAGCUUGUUCGGAUUAAUUGAAAGAAUAAAAGGAAUUAAAAGGAAUAUUUAAAACUUUGCAAAAUUGGAAUACAAAUCAAUAUGAAUAUAAUUUGAAAAAAAGACCAUAAAGUUGUAUUUAGCAUAGAAAUUAAGAACAAAGAAACAAUAAUUUAAUGA